UCUGCCCUUAACCAUUCUUAAGAAGAACUUCGUGUUUCUUAAUUUGUAAUUUUUGUGAUGCAAUUUUAAAUUCAUAUUUUCUUCCAACCUCAACAAGCAAGGUUAUUUCGCAUUCUUUCAACGUGGUGAAAGGAAAACUGGAAGCGACAAGAGAUGACGUCACUUCUACGAGUGAGAAGAAAAGUUUCUCCCUGCGUUUGGUUUUUUCCUGGAGACGCGACCAGUGACAGACGCCAGUCGUGAAGAUAGAGAAGUCGGGACAACACUGGUGAAGAAUUGAUAAAUCUACUGGCGGUACCCUAUUGCAAGUCGAGAUGCUCCCUGCUGUAAAACAUGGUCUCUAUGUUUUGUUGCUACUCUUUGCACAAGAGGAAGUGAGUCCUGGUCAUACAGUCUUUCCCGAACCACCCGGUUUGCUGUGUUACCAGGAUAUGUUGCUUAACAAACAAGUGUGCCAACAUGCUUGUCUUACUGGUUAUUUUGCUGUUGCUGGGAUGAAAUCUUGUCAUCAAUGGCUCACAUGCGAAGACUUUGAUACCAACAUUACCAUUGGACGCAAGAUUGCUAGUGGCCUUGGCAAAAUGGUGUAUGAGGCUCACUGGCAAAACCAAACGUUUGUUAUGAACAAAGCCACCAAAGACAACAGAUAUUUAUCAGAUUUUCACCAUGGUUUGACCAUGAUUACAGCAUUUCAGCCUCACCCUCGUAUAAUCCAAUUAGUUGGCCAUUGUAACAAAAGUUAUUUAACCGAAUUCCAUCCACUGAUGUCUGCUGACCAUCUCUUUGAUCAUCUUAAUUCCGAAGAAUACACACUACAUGAUACCAUUGAACUGCGUUACCAAUUGUGCAUGGAUUAUGUGAAUAUCCUUGCCUAUCUUCACUCCAGUCCACGUGGCACACGAGUGAUGUGCGAUUCCAAUGAUCUGACCAAAACCCUCAGUCAAUUCUUGCUCCGUUCUGACCUCCGACUCAUCCUUAAUGACCUUGAUGCUCUACCUGAAGUGAAUCGCUCAAAGAAUCAGUUCAUCAAGUGUGGUCACCGAGAAAUUGGUGGAGAGUUUGUCGCUCCUGAGCAGUUGUGGCCUUAUCUGGAAAGGCCGUUUGUUGACGCCGACAUGCCAUCUUAUGAUGAGAAAUCUGAUAUUUGGAAGAUACCCAAUGUGUGUAGUUAUUUGUUGGGGUCAUCUUCAGCUGCUGUGUUAUUGAAGCUGCACCUGUUGCAUAUACACAGCAGGUGUCAGUAUGAGGAACCGGAACUGCGCCCGACAGCCAAGGAGGUGGCAGAAGAAUAUGAAAGAAUUUGGAAGGAAUUUACAUCAGGGAAGAGGCAGAAAUCUGAACUGUAACUAUUCUCUUGAGGGCAAUCCAAUCUAUAUGUAGUUGCUCAGUCAGCUAGAAAUAACAGCCAAACCUCUCUCAGAUUACACACUAUCAUCUUGGAAGGCUGCUUUGGAUAAUUAGUCUAAUUAAAGAAAACGAUGGAAUGGUCACAUCUGGAAGAUCUUUCAUCAUAGGUCUGCUGGAUUAUAGCUGACCUUGGCUAAACAUUUGUCACCACCAAAAUAUUUAUUCACACAUUUUUGUAUGUGCGCUUAUGUAUGCCUAAAUGAGUCUAAACAUACAUACACACACAUUUUAACGUCUGCUUUUCCAGGAUUGCAUGGAUUAGACAAAACUUGAAACAGAAUUUUUAAUGAUUGGAUGCUUUUCCUGGUGCCAACCUUCACCUGCUUCUAAGUAAAGUAACAAUCCCUCAAUUUAUUGAACAAUUAAUAACCUGGACAUGUUUCCAUGGAGUACUGCAAACAAAUGACAUGAGUUGUUUGAACAGGUGAGGCUUUUGUUUAUAAUUGGUGCUGAUGUCAAGACAAUGGAGAAUGUUAACUGUCAUAUACACGUCAUCUCUCUCUCUCUCUCUCUCUAUAUAUAUAUAUACACACACACACACACACACACACACACAAACAGACUUCUUUCAGUUCCUGUGUAACCAUUUCACUCACAAGAUAUUAGUUAAGCUGUAGUUUAUAGUAAAGGACUCUGACAAAUGGCAUCCAUGCAAUGGAACCAGACCAUCACCAAAGUUAACUUCGUCAUCGCACAUGCAUCCAUUGAUACAUAAAUUAUUAGUAGCAAGAAAUGCAUUUAGCUGAAAAAAAAAACUUGCCUCCAAACAUUUAAACAUGAAAUCAUGAACUAAGAUAAAAAUCAAAAUUAGGCUCAGGCCAAAGACGCAAACAAAGAUUACAGUUCAACUCCUGGAAAAAGAGAACAUUAAAUGAACAAAUGGGUAAUAUAUAUAUAUACAUACAUAUAUAUAUAUAUAUAUAUAUAUAUAUAUAUAUAUAUAUAUAUAUCUGCUUGUAUACCCAUGUUUGAAAACAUAAUGGUGGAAGAUAUCUUUUUUGUAUUUUGUGACUUCUACCUUCUUUGGACUUCUACUUCCAUUGUCGACACCAAAUAUUAUUGGUGUGGAAGAGGUAAUCCCUUUGCUUUACAUUUACAUUUUUUGUUUUAUUUUCUCCUCCCCCCCCCUUUUCUUUUCACUUCAGACUUCAGCUGUUGCCAUCUCUUGUUUGCAGACAUUGUAUCUCUAUAGUGUUGGUAUUUGUUUGCAUGUGAAUUUCUUGACCACCAUCUAGCUUUUUUUUUGUUUAAUGGUCUUGAAACUGUAUGAACGGAUCAACGAGAUUCUCACUGUCUAGCGAAACCACAGCCAAGGGAUCGGCUUGGACGGAUCGGUGGGGAAAGAAGACUCUGUUGAGCUUGACUCUAGUCCGGUUUUGUGAGAGCACACGGUGGGCGUAGCAUAGGUGGUAGCAUUCGCAUUGCUGGUAACAGCGUGGUGCUCUUCUGGUCGUCGCAGCGUUUCUUUGCCACCUCGGUCGUCCGGCGUGCCGGUUUGGCGUCAGGGAUUUGUGCAUGUUUGCGACGAUGGAAAACUGCCAUUCCCAUACAACCAUGGAACUCCCCUGUAUUGUAAGAUAUCGAAAGAUCAAUUCAGUGAGUUGCUACAGUCCCAUAGGGAACCUACGCGACACUACACCCUAAUGAAAGCAAAGUUAACUGGGCUGCCAUCUAAUUAGCUGGCUCAGGACAACUAGAAGGCAGACCAGUGGCAGUCUACCCACCUUAGCAAGGAGGCCUACACCUCCCAAUCAGGUUUUAUGUUUGAAAUCAUGACCAUCGAUUUCUGGGAUAAGCUCACCACAGGUCAUUGAAGAUAGUGGUUCCUGGAAGAACUGAGUUAUAUGCAGUCCUCUAGUGUUUCAUGGUUACGACUUGGUACUGCGUAAAGGAAAACUUCCCUCAUCUUGGGACAUAGUCCUCCAAUGUUAUAUUCAUUUAUGUUGCAAUUUAAUAAGUUAUUUUACAAAAUACUUCAUUCUUUUUUAAAUCGUUUAAAACAGGCAGUGUUUUUUCAAAAGAAAUUUGAUAACAGACGGGCUAAUCAUUGAAUGGCUGAAAAAUGUUAAAUCAAAAUUGCCAGUUGUUCUCACAUAAUGUCUUUCUCUCUCUUCUUUGGACAGUUAAUAGCUAAUCUAUUCUCUUUUAGAUGAUUUACAACAGUAUUCUUCAGUUUCCAAAAUCUGUUCAGAACAGUAUCCACAGCACACCUCACAAUGGAAGUGUCUCAAGAGCAGCAAGUUCUUCAAGGAUCCUAAAAUUACCAAUUCUUCUAGUAAUUUCAUAUUAUGUUGUACCGUAUAUAUUGGUACCGUUUCCAAACCUAAAGAGGAUUUUCAGCUAUUUAGAAGCUAUAUCACUAGAGUUCCUUGGUGCAUUAUAACUGUUUUGUUGGACUGUCAAUCAUUUUGGAAAUAUAACCGCUAGGGAAGCAAAAUAUAUCACUUUCCAUGUUGGAGCUUCAAAGCGAUGUGCUUGACCAUACAACAUUCUAGCAGCAACUGAACUUAACUGAAGGCACAUUCUAGCCUUGGGUGGAAGUUGUUGCUUGAAUCUGUACACCUGGUUAGUGUCUGUUCAAGCACAACUAACUUGUGGCCCAGUGUAAAAAGUUUAGUCUCACCACAGAGUUCUUUGUAAACAGUUAUGGAAUAUGUAGUAGUUGCACUUGUUGGUUACUAUGGAAACAGUGUUCUUUGCUUACUAUGCUAACAGAACUGUAUGGUGACGUGUAAUAUACUCGCUUCUGAUUGGCUAAAAUACCCCAGUUUUAAAAACUUUGAUGGCUGAUAACUUUUUAGUAAUAAAAUGACUUUCGUUUUCAUAAUUAGUAUACAAAACUUAACCUAUAUACCAAAUUUGAAAAUAAUUGGAACAAAAUUGGAGCUAGUGAUUCACACCACAAAGAUGCUAAAUCCCUUAUGCUUAUCUACCAUGGCUGGAGCGCUUAGCCAAUAUACAGGACACCAGAUUCUGAAAGGGUAUUUUACAUCAGAUCAAGAUUUUUAGUUUCAAAAAGUUUUAUGACCGUCUCUACACAGUUUGCAGUCUUCAUCUGUGAAUCAGACGUAUGCCAUAAGACCAACUCUGUUAUUGUUUACUGUAGAUUUGUCAAUUUGAAUUGAGAAUUUACUAUUUACUAGUCUUUAUUGUAUCUCUCCAUGUCACAUCUUACAGUCUUUGUGGUGCUCACAGAGCAUGGACAACAGUCGUGAUACAGGUAACUCUUUUUCGAUAUUCAGAUGGCUUUCGGUCCUCCCUAUCAACUAACCUUUUCUCCUCCAGGUGCCAAGAUGCAAGCUGAUGGACUUGUCCUUGUUAACUUUUGCCCCUGCCACCGCCUCAUAUUCUUUGAUAGUGUGACGGAUGGAGGCAAAUACUGUAUCUUAUUUAUAAUGUUUUUGAUUUGUAAGAUAUAAUAGAUAUUAUUAUUCCUUAAGGAAGAAGCUAUGAUGGUAAACUCGUCACUUAUAACUUAAUUAUAAGUAUUCAUCACCAUGCAUAACUCUUAAUUCAGGCUGCGUAAAUGUUAUGAUGAAUUAUACAUACCAAGACGCUGAACGUGCGUUUGAUGCGUGCAUGUAUGUUGAAGAUAUGGAUUCGUAUUCUUUUAAUCGUUACAUAAAAAAAAUACACAGUUUCAUAAAUACAGAAAUAAAUUUAACGAGUUGAAAGAACGUGAAGUAAAAGAAAAUAAUUUCUACAUUAGUUUAUUUAUGUACAUUUGGCAUUUAUAGUACAAUUGGAAAGUAAGGUCAUUUUGUCGUAGAGAAUUACGACUUAAAAUUCACACUAACUAAUCUUUCAUACUAACUAUUAGAGUUCACAAUAAUUCAGUCUUGCUGGAUUUGAGUAAUAAACAUGGCAUAAAGAUUAGCUGAUACUCAAAAGAGUGAGUGUCGUGGCAUUGAGUAACAACCAACGAACACCGGAGAGUGUGUCGUGGAUUUGAGUGACAAUCAAUGAUCACUGGAGAAUUUCCCAAAAAUCAGGGUUUUUAUAACUGCUCAUACACGAAUUCUAAGAACUGUACUUUGUGAAGGAUUUCUUUAACAAAAGUUUAGAAUUCUUGGACUCGUGUGCUUGUACAUAAUUAUGCUACUCAUAAUUCACUGAAAUAUAAAUACACUGGACCUUUUAAAGUUUUGUCAAUUAAAGAUAAAACUAUGACCCUGGAUAUACAUGGCAGAGAAGAGAUUGUCAGUUUAGACAGUAAAAAAGGCUUGUUUCGACCAGUAUCCGUGUCCUGGAAAUGAUGAUGUGAGUGAUACAUCUCGGAAUAAUAUAAAACAGUGAUAUUCAAAACAGCAAACCUAAGGUUAACAGAAACGCUCAAAAGUCAAUUUUAAAGUUACCUAGAAGCGGUAGAAUUGUACAUUUUCCCAAAAGACUUUCUCAAUUUGUUUGAAUAUAUUCCUCAUAAACUUUUGUAUUUCUGGAAAUUGUAAGAAAUUUUUCUUUAUUUCCGGAGAAAUUAGAUUGAGCAAUGCUCAUACACGAAUUCUAAGAACCGUACUUCAUGAAAGAUUUCUUUAACGAAAGUUUAGAAUUCGUAUAUGAGCAGUAAUUUUUAACCAAUGAGAAAUCAACAAUUUCUCCUGUUUGGGCAAACGAACCUAUGUUCUCUCUCCACCUCUUAUGAGUUUACUACAGUAGCCCUUUACUAGAAAGAUUUUCAAUUUUGCGAUAAAAAUAUUGGGUAAGGCAGAUCCACAACUAUGAAGAUCCACUAAUAUUCUCUUCGUAAAUUUAAAUUCAGAGUUAAACUAAUCUCUCCAAAUGUUUGGAUUCAGACUGAUUAACCGCUUGAAGAGUCAAAUAUACAGGUUUUGGUUUCUCUUUGAAAAGUUUUACAGGCCAAAUUGAACAGGCUGCUCCUGUAUCUACCAAAAACCUUUCUUUUGAGUUUGUGUCAAAAACAAAAAAAUACGCAACUUUUAAGGAAGCUGUCCACAGAUUUUGUCGCAUCUAAUCUGUGGCUGAGAAGUUUCCCGACCUUUUUUUGUUCAGAAAAUCAAAUGAGCAUAGCUUAACACAGCGAUAAGAUUUGUCACCGAACUUUGAAUGGUAUCAGCAUAUGGCAUUUCUCUUGGGACUUUUUGAUCUCCUUUGCCAUCUUGCAUUUCUUUUAUUUGAGCAACUGUCUCUUUCGAGCUGAAGACUUUCGAUUUUCUUUGUCAACAACUCGAAUUGUUUAUCGUAAUUCUUUUGAUGCCUGUAUUUCAUUAGAAAUAGAUGGAACUGCAUUCACAGACUCUCUAGAUGACAAUUCCAAAAUGCCAUCUACCAAUUGUUGAAGAGAGUUUUGAUUCUUCUCAGCAAGGUUUAUGUUUUAUAAGGCAAUUUGGUAAAGGAAACCUCUUUGAGGUAGGAUUCUUCUAUUUGUUGAUCUCCAAGAAGUUGUGUUGGCUUCUUAUUGCCUAAUUCUUCAUUAUUGAAUAGCUUCGCAAAUUCUUUCUGUUUUGAAUUUGAGGUUCUUUUUAAUAUUUCUGCUUUGAUUGCAGAAUAGGAAACUGGCUCGACAGGGUUUAAAAAUAAAUCUCUAAUCUCAUUGCUUAGAGGUGGAGGCAAAUUACUUAGCAUUAUAUUGUAUUUUUGCUCUUCAUUCGUUAGUGUCUAACAUAUGUCAUGGCAUCUUGUGUGCGCUCAUGUAUAUAUCUUGGGCUUCCUAUGAAUGAUGAUGGAAGGAUGUUCAGCUGUCCCGUGUUGUUGACAUCAUGAUCAUUCGGCAUUGCGUCUUGUGGGUGUGCAUAUGAUUCCACUCUCAGUUGCUUUUGGUACAAUCUCAAGUAGAGUAAUCGUUCACUUUCAAUUUUUGCAUGCAUGUCAACAAUGAACUGACUGAACAGAUCUCCACAAUGUAGGAUGUGGUUUGAAGCUGGACUCCUGACCAUCAUGUGGAAUGCAUAGAAGUUUUAGGAGAGUGGGUUAUAUAUCUUUAGAUAUACACCUAACUUUCCUACAUUAAAUUGGAAGAGAACUCAACGCAGAAACUCCAAACUGAUCAACAACAACAAAUAUUUAUUGUUCGGUGGAAAAUAAAACAGCUUCUAAUUGUCCGGUUUUAGAGUAGCCUGAAAUGUAGAUGUACGGUUCUUCGAGUUGGUGUCGUUAUAGAGACAACUUGGUUCAACCACACUCAAAUGAAACUUGCUUUGAGGAGUUUGUCUGACUAAUGUUGAUGUGGUAAGUAUCUUGUCCAUAACAGAACAGCAAUGGAUAUUGUAGUGCAUCAUAGGGUCUGUGUGUUUAUGAAAUUCUCCUCAGUGUGCUGUCUCUGAGAUGGAGGACAAUGUCACGCUUGUCAUGUUCUUGCCCAACCAGAACCACAGCUAUUUCAUUUGUUGAUGGCACACUAAACCUGCCUCCAUGUUGACCAGAUGGUUUCUUGUCUGAUCUGAUAACUACCUUGUAAUCCAUGGAGUCAGGUGGAAUUGUUUCAAGUGCAGUCUUGAAGCUUCUAAUCAGGUUGUUGUUAUGCAGCAUCUUUUGCAGAGACACUACAACGUUCUUCCUGAUGCUGGAAAUGUUCUUGCAUUUCCCUUGCCCUUGUUGAGAAUCACCCAUAAAGUAUAUUUGAAGGAAUUUUGGUGAUUCAUUUGACUGAUGUAGUAGAGAUCCAAUCUGCUGAUAAAUCUGACCUUGGACCUUGAAAGUUUGCAUAAAUCCUGGCUCAGUUAAAUCUCUUGUGGCUCCAAAUAAAGUCAUCUGUUUUUCAGCUUUGUAUUGUCUAAUUUUGUUUUGGAAGUGCUUGGAAUCUUGGUCAGUUGAUGACAAAAGUUUCUUCAGUGGCUCUGGAGGUUGGGGGAAUGCAGGGAGUUUAACCCUUCCACCACUCCAGCACAGUGCAGGUGUCUCUCCAGGCCACUUCCUUGCUUUACAAUGUAUGGACUCGGUUGUCAUUUCACUAUAACGGUGAUUGGGUACCACUACUUUUAUAAAAUAAAUUUCAUUAACAGGCUGAAGAAAGAAAAUAUUUACAGUACAUUUAGAAGUAAAGCAAUUUAUCGUAGAGAGUUGUGACAUAAAUUUUAUAGUAGAUAAUCCUUUCGUACUAAACUAUCAGAGUUUACACUACAAUUCAAAUAAAUCUUGUUCGAUUUAAGUAAUAGGUAUGGCAUAAAAAUAGCCAAUAUCUCAAAGGAGUGUCGUGAAGUCUACUGACAACCAAUGAUCACUGAUUAAUUUCCCAAAAAUCGGGGUUUUUAUAACUGCUCAUACACGAAUUCUAAGAACCGUAUUUCGUGAAAGAAGUCUCUUUGACAAAAGUUAAGAAUUCAAAUAUGGGCAGUAAUUUUAACCAAUGGGAAACCAACAAUUAUACUUGUUUGAGCAACAUGACCAUUACAUCAUAUUACUGCCUUUUACAACUUGCUUGCUGUUCACUACAGAAUGGGUUUAAGGAUGGUGACCUCUUCAAAAAAAAAAAAAAAAAAAAAGCAGGUGUGGUUUGGUCAUCACUGAAAGUCAUUUUGCUUUCUUUCUCUUUUCCCCUCUUUCUUUUUGUCUUCUUUGAGUUAUAUUCAGAAUACAACAUAUACUGUCUCCCCUUUGAACAUUCAAUUUUGGAGGGAAUUUUUUGAUGAAAUGUAGUUCCAUUGCUUUUUGGUGUUGUGGAUCGUCCUGUGCACAUUUGUAAAAGGGAAAAAUUUUGAAUCAUCGAACGAGGAAUUACGCAAGAUUCCAUUAAGUAAGCAUCUGGAAAUACGCACUAAAGGAAAUGUUGCCUGUGGAUUCUUGCAUGUUGGCAGAGGGAAUUAUUUGUUUUGCCAAUGUUAAUUUUCUUUGCAGUUUGGGCAGGUAAUGCAGUCUAUGAGGUUUUGCAGCUCAUAUCUGCAUUUUGAAAAGGGAUCCACUCUUGAAUUUUAUGUGGAAACCACUUCCCAAGUAUUUGAAGUUGUUGAUGUUCCACAUCUGCUAACUCCAUUCUUUUACUAAGAAAUCUGAUUCAUUCUCUGAUUUGAAUUCUGCCCUUGUGAGGUGUUUUUUAAGAUUUUUUGGUUGGCAUCGGCUAUUCCGUAAGAUGUUUUUUUUUUGUUUUUUUUUUCAAUUAGAUUAUUCAUUUUGGGGCUUUGUAGGAGUAUAGGUAAGUUAGAUUUUAUGACAUGAAAGAUGUUGGUUAUUCCAAGACUGUGUGUGUUAAUGAACAGAAUCGUGUUUUCAUUAUACAUCUCUGAAGCAUCGCCUUCCACAGGUCACUAAAUAUUGUGGUUCCCAGGAGAAUCAAAUGGCAGAUGCAUUCUUCUAGUGUGUUGCGAUUCCGACAAGGUUCUGCAUAAAGAAAAACUUGUCUGCUCUCGCGACACCUCCGAAAACCCAUUGGUGAGGUAGCACCCUACCCUGAUUAUACUUUCUCCCAGAGAAGACUGUCUCAUCUAUCUCGACAAUCUUCCCAAGACCACCUAUUUGAACUAAGUCCUGUGCGCAUACUUUUUGCACAUAACUGUUGUAAUCCACAGCUGUAGCGUGGCUCAUCCCCUCGUACAAAAUUCACUGGUAGGGACAAUCAGCAAUAAUGAACAUAUAACGCUCUUUUGUUCUGUUAUGUAUACUAUGUACAUCAAGAUAGUCAGCAAAGGAUGAGAGAUUUGCAGAGACGGUUCAACUGACAUUUUGGUUGCUGAGUUGAGGUCCUGUUGAGGUGACCAGUGUAAGAUAUUUCGUUGCUUCAUAAUCAAUCCUUGACAAUAACCCGUUACUGUUAUUUUUUUCAUCAAAGAACAGUUCCUGGGUUCAGUUUCUAGGCAAUGAGUUGGUGUUUCGGACUCUGCCAAAUAUCCCUGCUACAGGGGAAUUUUUUUACAGAUAUCACAGCAAUGUUUUUUUCUUUCUCUUUAUAUCAUCAGAAAAAUGAAUCUUUUUACAUUUCGUCUUGCAUUCACAGAAGAACAUUUCCUGUAAUUUUUCUUCUCCCAUUUGUUUAGAAUAUUUUUCCUUUGCUAUAUUUCCAUUAUCUGUUAUCUUAAUCAAUGUCUGAAGAUGCUGCUGAUUAUUUUAUGAUCCAUGUUUAUUUAGAAUGCAAAAUUCUUUUGUAUAUAUUCCCGAAGGUGUUAACAAAUUCCUUUUCGUAAAUUGUCAUCUGAUAUUCUGAAGUUAGAUAGAAUAUCAUAAAAGAGGAAUCUUACACUUAUGUACUGAAACAAAGAAUGAAUGUGGGCAGAGUAAGGGAUUGCUGUUUCAAUAUUCAGUGAGUGCGUUGUGCAGUUCUGUGGCAAAACUGACAAAUCAAAUUGAAACAAAUUGUGUAAUAAACUAGAAAGAGCUCGUAAGAAAGUCAGGGAAACUUGUGGUGUAGUAGUGACAACUUUCAAGGGGUAAUGUGUAUUGGUGCUUACAGGUGAAUUAGCAUGUAUAGGAAAGCAGUUUGUGAUGCAAAAUGUGGGAUUAAGGUAGUUGAGAAACCAAGUGAAUGCAUUAGAUCACAAAUGAGUUUGGCCUGUCCUUUUGAUAGGACUACUUGUGUGCUAUGUGGUGUCAGUCACAAGAUUAACUGUAAAAACUGGGAGUGUGUGGUGGGGUGUGAACAGGGAAUCUUUAUAGAGGGGGCCGUUUAUAACCUGGCUGAGAGAUUUUGAACACCACUGGCAUAUAGGACUAUAGGAUAGAAAGUUUUCUACAUCAGUAUUCUAUGAUAAAUACAACAGCAUUUAAAAAAAAACAAAGAAGAGACCCUUAAACUGUAAAUAUAGAUCCGUCGAAACAAGGCAACAUCAGAAGAUACAUGAAGCUGUAUGUAUAACAGAAGAGAAAUGUAUACUUGAAAGGAAAUAUGAGAACUAUGCAUGUGUAUGGUUUGGUCAAAGGCUAUGCAGGAUUCUCAGGAUGUAAUGGUGGGAGGACCUAGUGUAAAUAGUCACGUAGGGGGGGGGGUGGAGGGCUACAGGUAAGAUAACACAGACCUUUCCUCAUGGGCUACAAACCUCAUUCUUGCAGUUUUUGCAGAUGUCUGUGUGAUGGAAAUUUUUUAAUAUGACUCUUUUCCUGGCUAAAUAUAACCUGCAUUUUCUGCUGUUAUUAGAAUAAGGCUAGCACUUCUCCAAGAUUUUCCACUUGAUGUUGUAAUCUGUGGUGCUUUUCUUGAAAACCCAUUCAUGUCUGCCCAGUGCUCUGACAUUACAUUUCUCCUAGAUUUUGAAGUGGGACUUAUGAUUGUUCUGUAAAGACCUUCUGUUGGGGCUCUGACAUUACUUCUGCUUCAUAUACAACUGCCUUGGUGUGGGCCUACCUACCAAUAUCAUCUUUACACUAGGUGCACAGCUAAAAGAAACUCUUAAGGUGUGUUAGGGUUAACCCUAAUCUUUACACACCCUAUUCAUCUAAUGAAAGUGCUUAUUCACUAAGCUAAGGAAGAUCUUACCCACCACAAGGCUACCUGGUGGUAUUUUCUCUUGGAGGUGUUAGGGUCUGGCAUAUAAACUAAUUCUAUUCUUAGAACUGCUGUUAGCCAGAGCCUUGUUGUAGUACGGGGCAGUGGUGUCAAAAUCUCUUUACUUAAAACACAUUGGAGAUUUUUGUUUUUUUUGUUUGCUCAUGUUACUUAGCUUCUGGUCAUCCAGGAAUUGUGUUAAUGUACAGAUGCGGAAUGGUCAGCCCAUACUACUGAUGUAUAGUUGCUGUAUUUGGAACACCAUAUCCGGUACACCAUGUAUGUUAGCAGACAUUUGCUCAUUUUGUGGAUAGGACAUUUUACCAAUGUGCAGGGCUGUUGUACCACAUGUGAUAACCUCAUUGAUAGAUGUCUGUGCAGGAAUUCACUACAACAACUUCGAUGAAAUGAAUGGAAAUUGGCCACAACCACUUCUGCCUCAUUUGUGUACAGUCGGAUGCGACCAAUUGGUCAAUCAGAUCAACACCUCCCAUAUACAAAUUAUAGUUCUGUAGAGCAGUUGGUUGAGGUAUGGAGAUAUAAGACUUUACCUCUGCUGAAUAUUUCUGUGAUGUACCAAUAAUUGGUGAAUUGAAAUUUGAAGCAAUGGUUACAACAUUAUUGUCUUUAUAUUUCAUAACACACACUGUGGACGUCAGUGUCAAGUUAGAUGACCACUUGGGUUGUUUUUUGAAAGUUUUUCUUUUCGCUAGAGGACAAUUUAGCAAUCUGUUUUCUCUAACAGUGCUUGUUGCACAAAUUCCUGCUGAUCCUAGGUGAUUUAACAACUUGAAGGAGGUAAAAUAGUUAUCGAAAUGAAGUCUGUAGCCUGCGUCAGCUGUUACAUUAGCUUUUUGUAUCAGCUUCAUUACUACAUCACCUCCCGUUCCUAACUCUGUGUGGAUAUCUUGAUUGCAUUUUCCAACAUAGACAUCAAAUGCAUACAUGUAACCACUUGAUGAACAGGGAGCCCAAUUUUUAUACCCGAAUUGUAUUGGUUUCCCUUUUAUCUGGUUGGUGCAAAAGUAAUGUCCAAUUUAAAGAUAAAAAUGAAUAAACCAAUGACUAUGGAAAUAUUUGUUAAACAUGCUCUCCAUUGCUUUCAACGACGUUAUGCCUCGCUUGUAAAAUUUUGUAGGCUUAGAACCAAAAUAUGAAUCCAACUCAUUUUCAAAGCAAUUUAAAUAUUUUCUCAAGUUUCCAUGUUAAUUUAUUCCUAACACAAACCUAAGAAUUUGACAUAUUGCCAUUAACCCUUUCUGUAACAUAUUUCUUUUGAAAUACACUGUAUUGAACUUAGUAAUGUAAUUUUGUGAUUAUUAUGUAUAUAUAUUUUUGGGGGGGGGGGGGUAGAAGUCUGUGUGUGCCAGAUGAUCUGGGUUAUGAUUAUUACAAAACAUGUUUGACAAUUAAGUAUAAUUAGACUAUGGCUUGUAAAGAAAAAAAAAAACAUAACUAUAUGAACAUUUGGGAGUAUUUCUAAUUCACAGAUGUAAGAGGAGUUGAUUGUAUCCAUUUAGGAACCAACAGUUGAAUUUAUGGUGAGAAACAGCUGGUUUUGUUCCCCUUUUUGUGAGGGAAGAUCUCGUUGUGCCACUGUCAGAACCACAUCAAAUAAAAAAAGAGCCACUCCAGUUAUAUAACACCAAGUUAGGAUUCAGACCAUAUUUAACCCCUCAUCUUUCCCUUGACCUAUUCUAUCAUGAUAGAGUUAACACAUCUGUUCAGGACCCUCCUUACAUGCACACCUCUACCUGCGUAACCUAGCUGUUACUUCAUACAACAGGUUUUUUUUUUUGUUUUCUAUCUUUUAAACAACUUGGUCCAAAUUUGAUAAAGGACCCUUUCAGUGCAAACCACCUUUGGGUGGAUCCUUUGUUCUUUGUUUAUAUUUUUCGUUAUUCUUUGUAAUAUUUUUCGCAAAUAAAGAGAUGAUAAAUAUAAUAA